GAUUUGUUUAUGCCUUCAGAGCUGUCAGUUAAAUGUUUAUAUUCCAACUAGUAAGCCAUUUAACUUGUUGGACAUUAUUUUGCUUCUUUGUUGAGAAAUGAAUUAAAGCUGAAGAGGUAUUUUGCAUCAGACAGCUGCCAUACGUCAUCAUUAGGACUUAAAAAAGUCUUUCUGGUUUUCUUUAGUCAGCUUAUGUGUGCAUGUAGGGGUUUAGGAACAAGUCCUCUUGACUUUGUUUUUCUUUUUAGUAAAUCAUGAUUGCUACAACAGCCUCAGGCAAAUGGUCAAGAUUUAAUUUAGCUAAAAACAAAUGUUUAAAUACACACAGCUCUUUAGUUAGAUCAAUUUUAAUUGUCGACAUUAUCACAAUAAACGCACCGUAGCAAAUAUUGGCAAGUAAAACAGAAACAGUUUUAGAAGUUGAUUUCUAUUGAAAAUUAAUGCAAAGGAUAUUUAAUUUCAACAACUUUUAAAAAGGACCACAUGACGUGUUUUUGUUAAUGGCUGAAGCCGAGGAUUAAAAGGCAGCUGACAUAGCUGUCUCUUUUUGUGUUUUGAGGCACCUCAGAGGUAUUCCUGGCGUACUUGCACGGUCAGGUGUCACCAACAGGACACCUAAAUGAUCCAGAUGAAUCCCCCUCUUAUGGACGGUGCAGCCGUAAACAUGCAACUGUCCUGGCUUUGGUUUUGAGUGACUUGUCAGCUGCUGCAGGGCGUCUUAAAGCAUGUGGAGCUGCCACAUCACAGGGCUGUUAGUGAAAGCUCAGCACAAGUCUUAAGUUGGUGUGUAAGCAAAGCUUUAGGGUUCUCUCCAAACUAAAAUGUCAGAACAUUAAACAAAAUCUACUAACAUUCUUUGUGUUAAUACUUUUGUAAAAUUCUAUUUUUCUCUAUAUAUGAUGUUUCUCCCAAACUUGGCUGGAAUUUUUUAUGGCAUAAUUUCACAGGAGUUUUGGAACAACAAUUAAAUGUUAGUUUGGCUUUUAAAUGCCCUGGCAGUACUGUUUAUCUGGAGAGGUUUGCUGUCUGUGCUAUGAUUUAAUCAGAAGGCCCUCAGCAAAAUGGUGUCAAAAGUGCCCCUGGCAAAAAUGGAUAGUGUGUCACACACCAGAGCUGUUGCCUUAGCAGAUGAAGCUCUCAAUGUGUUGCGAAGCAUCACUCUGACUUGGCCCAUUGUACUGCAGAGGAAUGUUGAAUAGUGUUCUCCAGCAUGGGGGGAACAAUCACAUAUUGUUCUCCCGCUGUGGUGAAGCUGUAGGUUACUCUCUGUACCAUCGCCAAAGCGCCUGAAGAGAAGAUGCACUGUGAAAUCUGUGCCUGCUAACCAGGUCUUGAGCUCUGCAUCACUUUUCUUGUAGUGGUGAGGAGCCAGUGGGAGAGGGUCGAUCGCCCCUUUUCCAGCCGAGUGGAUUUUGUUGUAUUUGAGCGUUUCUCUUCUGAUCUGAAUGUUUUGAAAGCUUCUGGGACAAAAAGAGAAAUUCGGUCAUACCAAGGUGGGGAGUUGGACUUCAGCAGAACAAGAGUUGAAGUGACUUGUUAGCAUGUCGCUAAAGUCCCUCAGGGAUUUUGGUGUUUCUGUGGAACGGCUGGGCUCAAUUUGUAAAAUAUGGAUGGCUCGUGUCCAAAGCAACAGCAGCAAGAUGAAUGGGUCACUGGAGCACAUGGACCAACCAGACCCAGACUCCAUCAAGAUGUUUGUGGGACAGAUUCCUCGCUCCUGGACAGAAACAGAACUAAAAGAGCUUUUUGAGCCCUUUGGACCUGUGUACCAGAUCAACAUUCUCCGAGAUCGCACCCAGAAUCCUCCUCAGAGUAAAGGAUGCUGUUUUGUAACUUUUUAUACAAGAAAAGCUGCACUGGAGGCCCAGAAUGCACUGCACAACAUAAAGACCUUAAGUGGGAUGCAUCAUCCUAUCCAGAUGAAACCUGCUGACAGUGAAAAAACAACUGCAGUGGAAGACAGAAAACUCUUCAUCGGAAUGGUUUCAAAAAAAUACGGCGAGAACGAGGUCAGAAUGAUGUUCUCGUCUUUUGGACAGAUAGAAGAGUGCCGAAUCCUCCGAGGACCAGAUGGUCAGAGCAGAGGCUGUGCGUUUGUCACAUUUGCUACCAGGGCAAUGGCACAGAAUGCAAUCAAAACCAUGCAUCACUCUCAAACUAUGGAGGGCUGUUCCUCUCCUUUGGUGGUGAAGUUUGCCGACACACAAAGGGACAAGGAGCAGCGGCGCCUGCAGCAGCAGCUAGUGCAGCAAAUCCAGCAGCUUAACAACGCCUCUCCCUGGGGAAACCUGGCAGGGCUGGGGACCCUUACACCACAGUACUUGGCUUUGCUGCAGCAGGCUACGUCGACCAGUAAUCAAAGCAGUUUUAAUGGCCUACAGAGGCUAGGAGCUGGUGUAAAUCCUCUUCAGCUGCAGAACUUGGCCACGCUGGCUGCAGCUGCAGCUGCAGCCCAGAGCUCCGUCAGCCCAACUUCUACCAGUGCACUGUCCACAAGCACUGCAGCGCUGGGAGCUCUGGCCAGUCCAGCUGGGUCAACAGCAGGGUCCAGUGCUGGUGCUGCCAUGAACACGUUGGCAUCUCUGGGCACGCUGCAGGGUCUUACAGGCACCUCUAUGGGCCUCAACAACCUAAACGCUCUCACUAGCGGCGUCAGUGGUGGUGUACCUUUCUUUGGCGUCACAGGUAUGGGGGCCAUGAAUGGUGGCCUGGGAGCCUCAAUGGCCAACGGAUCAGCUGCCAGCUCCAUGGAUGCUCUGACCCAGGCCUACUCAGGGAUGCAGCAGUACACAGCCUCCGCCCUCCCCUCCCUCUACAGCCAGUCUCUGCUGCAGCAGAGCGUGGCUGGCAGUCAGAAGGAAGUAGGGCCAGAGGGUGCCAACCUGUUCAUCUACCACCUGCCGCAGGAGUUUGGGGACCAGGAUCUUCUGCAGAUGUUCAUGCCUUUUGGAAAUGUGGUCUCUGCCAAAGUCUUCAUUGACAAACAGACCAAUCUGAGCAAAUGCUUUGGGUUCGUCAGCUACGACAAUCCUGUGUCUGCGCAGGCUGCCAUUCAGGCCAUGAACGGUUUCCAGAUCGGCAUGAAGAGGCUGAAGGUUCAGCUGAAGCGCUCUAAGAACGACAGCAAACCCUACUGAUCCUAGUCUGGGGUCUCCCCCCCCCCUCCCCAGCUCUAAUGCUAGCACUGCUAGGGUAAGUUCACCCUCCGGCCAAGGUCACCACAGCAGAGACUCAGGGGGUACAGGGGGACAGGAACCCACCACAGGAGGGAGACUCACCCUUUUCCUUAAAAAAAGUUUUUAAAAAUGAGGAAAAAAAUGCAAUGAUCUUUCCACAUUUUGUUGUGUUUCAUUCCUGCGAUUUUAUCAUGUACUUUGAGUCUGAAAUAUUUUAUUGUAUAUGAUUAUUUAUGACGAUCACUGGAGUCAGUGUUUGCUGGAGGUACUUUGUGUCACUGUAUAUUUAGUAGAGAGCAUCAGGUGUGUUUCCUUGCCACUUCAUUGCCUUCAGGUCAAGUAAGACAGGUUGACUAAGGAUCAGAUUUUGUGUUUAAGGGCUGAAGCGAAUCCACAUGGACCCUUAACCCAGUGCUUCAACCUGAAUCUGACAUUUUACAUGUAGUCUGUCUCAUCUGUGCUGUUGUGGACACCUUUUGCAGUCUAGACGUUUCCGUUUGUCCCCUUCAUCUCUUCCAUGUCUUAUUUUAUGUUUGUCGUCGUUCAUUUUGUAAGCCAUGUUGAGCUAGGCUACCUCUCUACUUCUAUAUUAACAACUUCCUGCAGUCAUUCAUUCAUUCAUUCAUUCCAUCCAUCCUCAGAGUCUCCCACAAGGGACUGGCUCUAGAUGGAUCUCUUUGGGUGCCAAGUAUACAGUAUGUGCAUGUCUGAGUCUGCCAUAUAUCCUGGUGGUGUCACUUCCUUAAAUCUGUGUAUUGUUUUUGUGUGUGUUGGGAGAGGGGGUGUGUUGGCCGUGUUGUCCGUUACUGUUUGUGGUGACUGGCAUUAUUUUUGUUGGUUAUUGUGCCUCAUGGCUAAAUGAUUCUUGUGCCUGCCCCUAACUUUCUCUUCUCUCCUCUUUGUUGUCUCUGUCUCUCCUCUCUCUCCGUGUUUUUGUUCCUUUUUUAGAACAAAUCUCCAUGCCUGUUUGCUCAUCAUUAGCCUAGCAUGUCUUCAUGAUGUUGAAAGCCAAGCCAAACCCCCCUGGCCUCAUCAUCCCACCAUUGUCUGUGAUGUCUCUCUAAGCUCGCCUGACCAAUACCUGGCCACCCACUGACCCUGACCUUAGCUCAACCUGAUUUUUCUGCAUGUAUACUCAUAUUUUUUUGUUUUUCUUUGCAUUUUUCUGUGUAGAAAUGUGACGGGCAGGAGAGAGGUCAAGCAAUUAAAUGUGAAAAUGAUUUAAUUUAGGAGAUCUUUUUUGUGUUAACGAAUGUUUUAAGAAAAAAAAACCUGUGGGAUUUCUAACUUUUUAAUUUAGUGUGUUUUUUUAUGUUGCUUUCUUUUACCUCUCUCAGUAAAGUUCACUUGACAGUUGAAUACAGGGAUUGGCACACAGCUGUGCUAUUUGGUGCCAUUAGCAAUAUUUUGGCUUCUUACGAAAAGAGAAAAAAUCCUACAGACCAUUUUCCGACAUUUUUGAAAGUCAUAAGGAAAAUCCCUCAGUGAUCUGUAUUGAUCUAAGUGGGCAGAUUAACAUCAAGGCUAUUUGAAAAAUAAUUUUUUCAUUUACCAAAUUCUUCAGUGUAUUUACCUUUUUAUUAAACCGUGAUGGCACAAUAAGAGGUACAUUUGCUCUGCUGAGAGAAAUGACUACCUACAUGAGUCAACUUUUUUAGAACUGAUUCACAAAUAGACAAUCUGUGGUUUAAAUGCACACUUAGAUUACCUAUAUUUUAUACCAUUGAAUCUAUAGAGGUUUAACUAACAGAACCCAGGCACAACUUUGGGUUUACUCUUUUGUUUUGUAGAUUUAUGUUGUAUUGUCAUCUGUGUUGGGAGGGGAGGGGUGAAAUUCUUUUUUAAGAGGACUAAAAAUCUGUUUAAUCAGCACGACUGUUUGGGAUCACUUUUAAACUCCCAACAGCUCAGAAAUUCCUCUUUUGAAUUCUAGUUUGGGUUAAUUUUUUCUUUAAGGGUGACACUUUUGAGGCUAGUGAUUUUCCUACAUUGAAGUGGUACGUCUUGUUGACUUUCUGUGAAUUAACUAAUUUAAUUGAUGGAUGUUUCACUUUGGGUUCAUUUGGAUGCCUUGUGAUGGAAGAUUUACAAACUGUUAAUCACACAGAUGCUAGACAAUGUUUCUGAUUUUUGUUUUGGUUGUGCAAGUGCCCAUGUGUCAUAAUGUUUUUUUAAUACACAAUUUUGUUUUGCUGUAAUAUCUAGUUUUUCUUUUCACACAAACACGCGCACACACACACACACACACACUGCAGCGUGCACACUUAUGGUUGCAAACGUGGGAGCCCCUGAAGAAGAGAUAUAACUCGGAUACCACACAGCCUGUGGGUCUCUGCAUAUUUUACACACACUUAUUGCUUUGUGUCUUUUUACUUUUGCAGAUUUUCCUCCUUUUGAAGUGACUUUCAGCAUUAUGUCUCAGUUUCACUCGUCACACAGCACAUAAAGACUAAAUCCACCACAGUCGUGUUGGUAAACAAAAACAUUCCAUUAUUCUGCACCAAGUUUACACUUUUUAUCAGGGUGAGAUUUUCUCUGUUGUGUUUCACAUUGUUAAAACAACCCUGGUAAAAUAACCACUUCACCCUCCCCCCUAAAAAAGUUCCCAAAAUGCUUACCUGGUGGCGCUAUAGAGUUGUCAACUCAGGGGUUUUUAUGUGUUUGAAACUCGGCAUGCAGGAUUACCACACAAAAUGCACAAUUUCACUAUUUGACCUUUUUUAAGUUUAGAUUUUAUUUUUUCCUAAAACCCAUAAAUAUAAAAAAGAAAAAAUACCAAAUUUGAAACACUGCUCCAGGAGUGUUCUAGUUUUGUAAGGAAAUGUUGAAGCACAAUUGUGGGAGUUAAACACUUUGACAGAAUGUGGUGUGUGUGUGUGAUUUUGAUCCCAAAUUUUUCAAGGUACCACUGAUUUCUCUUUUAAUAUGGGCUUGUGCUUUUUACAGUGUUUUUUCUAUCCAAAUGCAAUACAAUAUUCAAAGUGCCAUAUAUACGUCUAGAAACUGCCCACACAUCCUUAUUAUUAGGCCUCGGUUUAGCGAUUGCUGCAGCUCGCUUUUAUUUUUAUUUAAUUUUUCUCUUUUUUCUGUUUUAUGCCGUGUCAUGAAAGCUCUCAUCACCCAAUGAUGUCCUCUCUCUCCCCCUCCCCACCUCCCUCUACGGUGUGUUAUUGUAUUUUGUGAUGUACUCGAUUUGAACAGUUGGUUUUAAAAACAUUGUAGAUAAACAAUAAACUUCCCUAUACAUUUGAAGAUUACACGUCUCUUAGUGAACAUGCAACACUUUGUGAUGCCAACUGUUUUGUGGUUUUCCUUUUAUUAAAAUGUAAGUUAAAUUGAGCUAAAAGCAUAAGAAAUGUCAGCUGGUGCGAAGCAGUUUAUGGUGUUUACUGUGAAUUGAGAGUUUAAAAGAAAAGCAACCAAAAACAGCAAAGAUGAGCACAAAGUAUAGUCACAGCAGUCCCAACAGGAACUGGACUCACUUCAGGGGCUUCCAUCACAAACCGGCUCCAACAAUCACCUGAUUCAUCUCCUAGCUCAUGUUCUGAAGUGCUUUUUCCCCAGUGUGGUAGUUCUGCAUCUCUUUAGGUAUUCUUGUCCAACAAAAACGAGUGAGGCACGUCUGGUAAUCAGUUGGACUUUGUUCGUAUUCCACCAGUACUUUAGUAGAUGUGUUGUCUUGAGGAAAGCCAAAGUGAGUGCAUCUUGAUGUGAUCCGUAUUAACACACACAGUACAAUUUUGUUUUCUGUUUGGUCUAAUUUUUAAUUUUCAAUGUGGGUGGGAUUUGAAAACGCAUAACCGGCUGUCCAAUUUCUACAACUGGUUGUUCAUACAUAUUUUGUACCAGUGAAGCUUUUUAUAUUGGGAAAAUGACAAAAAAAAAAGGAAAAAGAUUAUAUUAAAGACAAAAACAACUGAAAAAUUGGUUGACCUCUCGAUGUGGCCUUGACCAGUCUUAAGUUUGGCCCUUUGGUGAUGUCAAGCAGUUUUUUUUUCCUCUUGUGCUUUAGCGUCUAACAGAAGCCUAAUUUUUAUGAAUUUAUGUGGAUCUCUUAGUUGUUUCUCACCUGUAGGUUUUUGGGGAGGGUUGGGAUCCUCUAAAUUGUGGUAAGUUUCAUGUUAGUUAUUGUGCUUUCCACAUAAAAUUGCCGGUUAGGGUUUUUGAAAACUUGUGUGGGUAAUUGUCUUAGUUGAAAAGUUAACUGUUUAGUUUAAGCCUUGCUUUUUAAUUAUGUAGGUUAUUUUUUGUUUUUCUGCUUUUCCCACCAUAACAGAGUGCAUAGGCUUAAGACUCUGUUUAUUUUUUGGUCAGUGUUUGUUUUUGUGGUGUUUCUUUGCCUAUGUCUUGAAAUUAAACCAUUUCCCCUAAUAUGGA